UAUCCCUUACCUCACAUGUGACGAUGUCGCCCUUUGAAAUAAGUAUUUCCUUCUAAUCCUAAAUCAUUUCGCCCUGAAGUUUUGGUGAACACACUUCAUAGAUCGAGACUGCUACAAUGUCAGAAGAAGCGAAUUCCGAUUUUCUUGGUCCUAAUUUCACGAACACGAAACUUGUGGGAACCGGUGGCAGCGGCGCUGUCUAUUCAGCGAUCGAUGUGGAAACAGACCAACGCGUUGCCCUGAAAAGACUUCUUGUUCGAGACCGAAUGAGUUGUAAAGCAGCUCUGAGAGAAGUUAAAAUCUUGAAGAAACUAGACCACGAAAAUGUAUUGAAAUUAACAAAAGUUGUGGACUCCGAGGGCUAUGCGUUUCAAGACGGCGCGGCAGAAAAUUUCAAAGAGGCAACGGAACUCUUUCUUGUAGAAGAACUGCUCGAUAACGAUCUUCAUCGCAUUCUGGAAAGUAAAGGAAAGCUACGAGAAGACUACGUUAAACUGUUUUUGUAUCAACUGCUCCGAGGACUUAAAUACAUUCAUUCUAGUAAUGUAGUUCACAGAGACAUUAAACCAAGCAAUAUUUUAGUAGACUCGGAGACUCUUCUGCUGACCAUAGGCGACUUUGGCCGUUCUCGAAUUCUAGACCCGGCUUAUUCGCAUAACGGCUAUCUCACUCACGGUAUAUCCACGUUAUGGUAUAAAUCUCCUGAACUGCUGUUGAAUUCUUCGAUUUACGAUAGUUCGGUGGACAUCUGGGCCGCUGGUUGUGUUUUUGCCGAGAUGCUGUUGGGUAAACCCUUGUUCGAAGGGCAGCAUGAAAUCGACCAACUCGAACUGAUCCUCGACUCUGUUUGCCUCACUCAGGAAGAGUGGUUAAAACUUAGACCUCAAAUUCCUGAAAAGACGGCAAUGGCGAAGACAGAAAAUCAAGGAUCGCCCUUAGGAAGCAAGUUUUCCUACGUAGAUAUUCAAGGUAAAGGUGGUUUUGUUGUUGGUUGAAAUCCAUGUAAACAUUGAGUUCAUUAUUAUGCGCGCAAAACGAACGCGGGACACCCGCAACGCCCUUGUUUUCUAACGAUAAUCUAUUUCUCAAUUUUAGCUUUUUUCUUCCCUCUGUUUCACAGACCCGUGUAAUAAACCUUUUUUUUGUGGUCAAACUGCAAUAUUGGGUAAUUCUUGAAUUUUACUAAAAUUUAGGUUGUGCGAGUUAGCAUGUGCCGAAUCGAGAGUUGUACUUUGGUACCCUAUUAAUAUUUCAUAAGAAUUGUCAAGCACUUUGUAAACAAAAGAAUAUCGUGAGCUAAAAUUGUCUUAUGUCGUGAUAUAUCUUCUUUCAGUCGUUUUCGACUCUUAUUUGUUCCGUUGGGAAAGAAAUAGAAAGGAUUUUCUUGACUUCUCUAAAUUUCAGUUUCAUGUAAUUGUUUCUAAAUUUAGCUAUUAGUUAAAAAUUCAACGAACCGCAGCGAAAUCUACAUAUUACCGCAAUCAGUGAAAUUCUAGCGUUGCGGUGUGAUUUUGUACCAUACGAAACGGAUGAAACAAUUUUCCUCUUACAGAUCGCUUUGGCGUGAGAGCCGUGUUUAUGCCUUACGUUGACGUGUAUUUCUUCAUUGGUGCUUUUACGCGAUGGAUAGCAGAUCGAUCCAUUAUUAGGGAAUCUGUCACGUUAUCGGUUGAUUCAAAAGUAAGGACAAAGUAUGUUUCGAAUUCUGUUUCAAGGUGUUAAUCGAAAUUAUUAUUAUGAACAAGUAAGACCCAGUAUCAAAAGACGCUAAAAGCUACUGCCGCGUUCUGCAUAACGAUUAGUGGAAUAGCAAAGAUUCAUACAAUUAAUUCGUUGACUUUUUUGACCGACCUCUUCUGCGACAAGAAUGCUCGCAACUGAAACGAACACAUUUGGCGUGACACAUUGCUUAAAUAGCAGGGAUUGUUCUAGAUGUGGUGCUUUCAUGCAAGAUAUCAUGCAUUGGCCAAACAAUGACAGGAUUAAUAUAAACAUCCACUUACGAAAGCUGUCGGUUGAAGUUCUCCAAGCUUCAACAGGAACAUCUCUUAAAAAUAUUGUCAAGCCUGCGCAACAUUUGCGAUAUUUUUAGUAUUUUGUAUCAUAGCACUCUCGCUAACAUAAAAGACGUAGUAAUUCUUUGUUUUGCACACAGCAAGUCAGAUGUAAUGUUCUUGCCCUUACGUAAUAACCUUAAAACUGGAAGGGGAGGACCAGCAAUUUAUUACGAUAGCAACACCAAGGAAAUGGGCACUUGUAUACACAACACACCCUCUUUACCUUGAAAUAAAUGAACUGAAUUCCUAGGUAGUGAAUUUCUAGAGAAAGUGUUCGAGUUCAAAACAUUGAAAAUUAAACACUGCUUUCAGUUCUUGUAAAACGUUGCAUUGGGUAGUUUGAAUUUGAUAAUUUGCGGUGAACAGCAGAGAAAUGUACCAAUCUGCUAGACCAGUCUAGAGGCAUUGUUUUGUUAUUAUGAAUGAUCUUAAUUUUUUGUGCCUCUCUUUCUUCUAUCGUUAGUUGCUUAAACUCCCUCUUCCUGAAUUUUAUGUGGAAGUGAUGCAAUAUUUGAUUGACGUUGUAUUUCUAUUUUCUCUACAGCUCUUGAUCUGCUGGUUAAAAUGUUGAAGUUCAACCCAGACAAAAGAAUCAGUGCGGAAGAGGCUCUGUCACAUCCGUACCUACACCAGUAUUCAUUUCCUUGUGAUGAACCAAUCUGUUUGGAACCCUUGCAUAUAGAGGAUGAGAUAGGAGAUUAUGAGGAAUGCAUGCUGAAAGGCUGGAUAUUUGAAGAGUGCCUUUCCAUGGACAAUUCUGUAGACACCACUGAACAUGCCCCAGUGCCUAAAGAAGUAGUUGUAGAAACCGACAGUUCAAGUGAAGUUAUGUCCUUAAAAGACUUUAUGGCAGAUUCUGGAGAAUCAGAUCCCAUUAUACUCGAUCAUGUUGAGGCGCGGUCGUUCAGUGGGGAGCGUUAUGAACAGAAGUACAGAGAUGAUGUAGUGGAACGAUUAGGAUUAGAAAGCAAGAAAGAAGGACUUGAGACUCUGUCUGCUGCAUUUAAAAUCCAAGCAUCCUUAAACGGAACUGCAGAAAUUUUAGAUCCAGCAAAGACUGUUAUUGAUCUGCAACAUGCCCGCAUACCAUCCUCAGUGUUUUUAGACAGUGUGUUUGGAAAGGCAUAUCUUCAAGAAAAUGUCAAUUUUACUUGUAAGAAAAAUGUCUUUAAUGGUCCAUUUGGUCUGUGUUAUUUUUAACGGUAGCAUAGUGGUGUAUUGGUUUAUUAUUUAUUUUUUUCUAUCCAUGUUAUUCAGGUUUUAUAGCUUCAGUUCAAAGCAUUUUUUUUACAGGGUAGGGGGGAUUGGAAAAAUAUUUUCCAAAAAAAUGUACAGUAUUUUGAUAGUACAGUAUGUCACUUUGCUUUAUCUGUAGAUCUCUGACUCUUCUUGGGUACUUUGGUUUGAUAUUUGGUGGGUUUUAGUCGGAUGUAUUUUAUUUUUUUUAGUUAGGUUUCAUUCCCAUUUUUUUACUAGUGUUGUUACAGUUUUUAAAAGUUAUAGGAGAAAUUCACAAAGUAAUUCUUGAAAUUAUUUUUAUUUCUUUUAAAGCUUUUAAGCUGCCCAUUUUAAUUUUGUUUUGGCACUAAUGAGCACUUUGAAAGUAGAUUUAUAUUGAAGUAAGGGAUGUGAUUUUAAUGACGUGAUUGAAAUAUUAGUUGUGUGGACAGCUAAAAUGACUUAAUUGCAAUCAAUUAUUGAUUUGCAAGGCUAAAAUAUUAAAUCUAUGUUUUAUUAUUGAAGCCUUCCCAAUUCAGAUUGUUUUUAAUUUCUUAUAUUAACUACAUAUAUUGCAAUAAGGGAAGUGUAUGUAUGGAAAAAAGGAAUAUGAAACAGGAGACAAAUAUUUAUAAGGAGAAAUUCAAAAUUAAUUUAUUUGGGAAAGAGGUGGGCGGAAAUUUAAUGCUAUUCUGUACAGAAAAUUUGCUUACGCUUGUGUAACUAUUUUUGCAAAAUCUUGUUAAUAUGAUAUUGUAAGCCUUGGAUUCUAUUUAACAUUGCUGGUAAUAAGUAAAUUAUUUUCUAAAUAAUUACAAGCCCUGACUUAAAGGCAUUGUCUUGUGCUUGUUGUAAAGUGAUGUUUUUUAAUUGGUGAAAAAUUUAUUCAGCUGUGCAUUGGUAAUAAUUUGAAGAGCUUAGUGUAUAGACACUGUCCAUUAUUUGCUGUAAUGCUGCAGUUUUUUAAAAAAAUAAAAGUAUUUAUAUCAGGCUUAUGAGAGUCUCAUUACUGACUGUCUUGCCACCAUUCCUUGGUGGGUCCUGACUUAAUCACCGUUUGGUUCGAUUUCAGUGUAACCUUGUCACUAAGCACCGGUUUUGUGACGGUCAAGAACAAGAGACUUAAGAAACGAAGGGCUCUGGGAACGAGAAUGUGUUAGCCUGGGAGCAGGGGCACUAUUUUGCAAAAAUAAGGGAGAAUGUUGUUCUAACGACACCUUUGGACCUUUCACUUUAACUUACAGUGUUCAAAAAAACGUUUUUACAAAGACA